AUGGUCACCAACAAGCGUAGAAAGAUGCGACCCAACAAUGUGAUUGCGUUGGAAAGAGCUAAAACAGAGAAUUUAUUGAAAGAAUCCAAGCAACAGAAAAAGGAAAAGAAUGUAUCACAACCCAAAGCACGCUUAUCUGCCUCAGACUCUGAUGAAACUGACAACGAAAGCUCCAACAAGCGUUCGCAAGCACCUAAAAGAAAAGCAUACAUCUCCAAGAGAUCAAGCGCAGCAAAAGCACCAGAAGUCAUAUCUGCCUCUGAUUCUGACGAGGCAGAUACGGAACAACAGCCUACUAAACGAGCCAAGCAAGAGCUUGUACAAGAGAACACAUUCUUGGAUGCUACCGAUAGAGUCAACUCAGCGUCCGAUUCAGAUGAGACAGGCGAUGAGCACAUGGUUAAGCCGGAGCCAGCAUCUUCAGAGAGCAAGGCACUGUCUACUCCCUCAUCAUCUACAUCUAAAGAAUCAACAAAACAAAAGCCAGUAGUCAGACUCACAGCCAGAGCACCACUCCCACCUAAGACAAAAGAGCACAUUGAGAAUUCAUCAGACGAGGAAGAGCAGGACGAACAAGAAGAAAGGAAAGAGGACCAAGAGGAAGACGACGAGACUGAGGCUGAUCCCAGCACGGCCAGUGAUGCCGCAACCACGCAGAGUACAGAAUCGUCCAUGGCCUUAAACGGCAAGUUUCGCGAGUCAGUGGUUCAGCGCAACCAUCUUGUUGGAAACCGUUUAUCUUUCAGGAGACGUGGAGAGUACGACGAGUCAAAGCCUGCAGCAGCAAAUUUAUUAAAGCGACUCAACGAUUCAUUUUUACCAAAAGUGCAAGAAGAUAUCUUUGUGUCUGAUUCGGAUUCAGAGCCUGACUCUGGUAUAGAUUACGAUACAUUUGACUUCCCUACUUGGCAGCGCACAUUGACUUGGAACAGAAAGCCAGACGAAGAUCCUUGGCCAAAGCAGAGAAGAUUUGGAUAUUCUGACAAGCUGAAAUUGGAGAAGAGAAUCAAAAAGAUCUGCAAGCGUGAAAACAUGACAUUUCACGAAGCUCAAGAGAUCUUCUCAAGUGGUAAACGUAAAGAGCAUAUCAAGUUUUUCCAGAAAAUAGCUGCUGUCUUUCCAAAUAUCCCGCUCUAUCUAUUAGCUAAAAGACUGAAAGAAACAUAUCACAUCAAAAGGAAUAGUGCACCUUGGAGCAAAGAGGAAAUCGAGCAAUUGGAGAACCUUAUCAAGAUACAUGGCAACAAUGCCGAGCUGCUGUCCACCAUGAUGAAUCGAUCCCCCAAGAAUAUCAAUGAUUUUAUCUUUAAUCACAAAUCAGCGAAGAAGGCCUCUGCUAGAUGGACAAAGGCUGAGGAUGAGUUGCUGGCAAACGUGAUGGCAAAAGAGAAAAAGAAUGCUGCUGGCCGUGUCUCAUUUCUGGCUGCUGAGUCCUUCUUUCCUGAACGAUCACAAAAGCAGAUAUACGCUCGCUACUAUAAUAUCCGUCAUCGCAUUCAACCUGAUGGAACACUUGUUGACAACAGAGCUGCAACACCAACGGAACAAUUAGAAUACCUCAAGAGCCUGCUGAAGCAAGUAAAUGACCAUGAUCUGAUUGAAGAGUCGCAAUUGGAUUAUGCCAAGGAAAGAGGUUUCGUAAAACCUAGCUUUUAUUUAAACGGCCGUGCAAAUAUCAAAGGGUUUGAGAAGAUGGCCAUCAAAGAUAUAUUGACUGAAUUGAUCCGUCGCCAGGAAAAAAUUAUGGAGUCUCGCAGUGAAGAAGGAUUAUUGUAG